AUGAGCGGAGGCAUGAGCUUAGGAACGCUGAUCAAGAAGCAGUUCACUGCUUCAAAAUUGAUCUUCCACUUUCUCUUCUGGACAUUCCACUGGGGUAUCUUUGCCUAUGGAUGGUAUAAACAGGAAGCCGAUAUCAGGCUGGCUGGUUUGAACACCCUCCAAUAUUCCGUAUGGCUCUCCCGUGGAGCUGGUCUAGUCCUCUCGGUCGAUGGAAUGAUCAUCUUACUUCCGGUCUGUCGAACCAUUAUGCGUUGGGUUCGACCCAAGCUCAAGUUCUUGCCGCUUGAUGAGAAUCUCUGGUUUCACCGACAGGUUGCCUAUGCUAUGCUGCUGUUCACCAUUAUCCAUACUUCAGCUCAUUACAUCAACUUCUUCAAUGUUGAGAAGACGCAGAUCCGUCCAGUGACAGCUAUUCAAAUCCACUAUACUCAGGCUGGUGGAAUAACAGGACAUGUCAUGCUUCUUUGCAUGUUGCUCAUGUACACGACUGCUCACACUCGCAUUCGACAGCAAUCUUUCGAGACCUUCUGGUAUACUCACCACCUGUUCAUUCCGUUCUUCCUCGGUCUGUAUACCCACACCACUGGUUGCUUCGUCCGUGACACUGCCCUGCCAUUCUCUCCGUUUGAGGGCGCCAACUACUGGAACCACUGCAUCGGCUACUUGGGAUGGAGAUGGGAGCUUUGGGCUGGUGGUUUCUACCUGAUUGAGCGUACGUAUCGCGAGAUUCGCGCCAAGCGUACGACACAAAUCACACGAGUUGUUCGCCACCCUUACGACGUCGUCGAAAUCCAAUUCAACAAGCCAUCCUUCAAGUACAAGGCUGGGCAGUGGCUUUUCUUGCAAGUCCCGUCUGUUUCCGGCUGGCAAUGGCACCCUUUCACCAUUACGUCGUGUCCUUACGACCCCUACGUGUCCGUACAUGUCCGACAGGUUGGAGACUUCACUAGAGCUCUCGGUGAUGCUGUUGGUGCUGGAUCGGCUCAAGCCAAGCUGUACGACGGUGUUGACCCCAUGGGAAUGUACGAGGUCGCUUUGCAGAAUGGUCAACAGAUGCCUCUGCUGCGAAUUGAUGGCCCUUACGGUGCACCAGCCGAGGAUGUGUUCGACAAUGAAAUUGCUGUGCUCAUAGGUACUGGUAUCGGUGUGACCCCUUGGGCCGCUAUCUUGAAGAACAUUUGGCACCUUCGCAACAGCCCGAACCCGCCCGCCCGACUUCGCCGUGUCGAGUUCAUCUGGGUCUGCAAGGACACUGGCUCUUUUGAAUGGUUCCAGACUCUGCUGUCAUCUCUCGAGCAACAGAGUAGCGAGGCUGCCCGCGUUCCCGGAAGCAGCGGUGUUGAAUUCCUAAAGAUCCACACAUACUUGACCCAAAAGCUGGACAUGGACACCACUCAGAACAUUGUGCUCAACUCGGUGGGCGCUGAAGUUGACCCGUUGACUGAGCUCAAGGCACGCACCAACUUUGGCCGACCUGAUUUCCAGCGAAUGUUUGAGACGAUGCGCGAUGGUAUCAUGGAUCGUACCUACAUUAGUGGUUUGGAGGGUAGCAUGCAGACCACAGUCGGUGUUUACUUCUGUGGUCCCUCUGCAGCUGCACGUGACAUCAAGAAGGCAGCCAAGGCCGCAACAGUACGGGAGGUCAACUUCCGAUUCUGGAAGGAACACUUCUAG